AUGGAUAAGAUUAAGGAGAGAAUGAACAACCUCCGCCUUGAAGCCGAGGAGGCUCAAGAGAAGGUCGAAGAACUCAAGACCAAGGUGAAGACGUUGGAGCAGGAAAACCUGGCUAAGGAACAGGAGAUUACAUCCCUCAACCAUCGGAACCAGCUUCUAGAGGGUGAGGUUGAGAAGCUUGAGGCUGCCCUCAAGGAGGCCAAAGACGCUGCCAACCAGGGUGCUCAGCAUGAUACUCAGAAUGAAGCUCUCCAGAGACGUCUGCAGCUCUUGGAAGAGGAGGCCGAGGAUGCCGACAAGAACUUGCGCGAGACGAACGAGAAGCUCCGCCAAACCGACGUCAAGGCCGGCCACUACGAGCGCAAGGUGCAGGCCCUCGAAGCUUCUCGCGACCAAUGGGAAAGCAAGUAUGAGGAGAUGGCUAAGAAGUAUGCUGAGCUGCAGAAGGAUCUCCACGACCUCGAGGUCUCUAUUAGCAACGUCUAA